AUGGUUACGGAUCAUGGUGUUGAACGACUCAUGGUUACGGAUCAUGGUGUUGAACUCUUCCAAGUCAUUCCAGAAAAAAGUUUACAAGUCACUUGGUUUAUAUUUUGUCCACAAAGCUACAUGGUCUUGCUUUCAUCAGGAACAUUAAGAAAUCAAAUGCAGCCAUUGUACAUUACUCCAGGGAAUUUGCACAAGAGGUUACUGAUGUUAAUGUUGUCAAAAGGGACGGCGGAGCCGUCCUCGACCCAAGUCUUCUGCAGUGCCGAGGACCAGACGUCCCUGCUCAUGGCUGCUGCGCAGUCCCUUGAGGCCGACGACGACAACACAAAGGUCGAGAACAACGGCAUCGUCUUGGUACCGCCGGAGACCCUCCUCCAGUGCACCCUCUGCGGUGAGGCCUUCGUCGACGAGGCCUAUUUCGACUUCCAUCUCAAGAGCCAUGACGUAGAGUCACCUGUUCACCAUCAGGACGCUAAUUUGGUCGAGGAGACUGUAUUGGUCUACGCCUGCGAUCACUGCGAAUGCACCUGUGCCGACGAGGACUCCUUCCACAAGCAUCGCCUCAGUCACGAGGACGAUGAGCCCCUGCAGGUUGUCGUUGGGGAGAAGCUCUACACCUGCGAACUGUGUGGCUACAGUAGUGCCCACAGACAAAACCUCGCCAGUCACCAGCGCCGGCACAAUCUAGAGUACAAGUACCAUUGCGAGAUUUGCGGCGCUGGUUUCUACGCGCGCAAUACCUACCAAGAGCAUCUGUCCGUUCACUCUCGGGAGAAACCCUUCCAGUGCGACAUCUGCCAGGCGACGUUCCGCUAUCGUCAAGGUUUGAGGCUACACGCGAAGCUCCACCAACCGGACUAUGUGCGAGCCCAAAAGAAGCACUGCUGCGAGGUCUGCAACAAGCGUUUCUGCCGCAAGCAGGUUCUACUUGUACACAUGCGCACCCACGGCAGCGCUGUACCGCAGAGCGAGUUCGUCUGUCACAUCUGCGGUAAAUCCGUCUCAAGUAAAACCUAUCUCACGGUCCAUCUGAGAAAGCACACUGGCGAGAAGCCCCACGUUUGCGAUCUAUGCGGAAAAGGAUUUAUAUCCCAGAACUACUUGAGCGUGCACCGACGUACUCAUACCGGUGAGCGACCUCACAAGUGUACUCAUUGUGAAAAGAGUUUCACGCAGAGGACGACGUUGGUGGUGCAUUUGAGAAGUCACUGUACUUGCUGUCACAAGAGCUUUGCCUCGAAGACAAUGUUGAACUCGCAUUUAAAGACUCACGCUAAGCAGACCGCCAGGGCGCAACAAGAGCAGCGCACGCAGCUGCACCUGCAGCAGCAGAAUCUCUUGCUGUCGCCAGAGGAAGAAGCGCUUAGAGAACAGCAGCAGCCUGUCGAGCCGGAUAGUAGUAGUACAGGGCUUUACGAGUACCUCGAAAACGAGGAACAACUUACCGAGCCCAUACGCAGUCUCCUCGUUCGCAUGGACUCCGGGGCGUUGAAGCGACUAUACCAGUGCAGUCAGUGCGAACAGGUGUUCGCCACGGUAAAGCUCUGUGUGCGACACAUGUCGGUGGAACAUCCCCGUGGACGCAAGUACCGCGUGGCAUACCGCUGCAAGACCUGCCAGAAGCUCUUCCGCACCAAGUAUGGCUGCGAAAAUCACAUCCAGGGCAAACACAAGCAUCGGACUUUUGAGUGCCGUUACUGCGGCUUCAAAACCGCCAGCAUCACCUACAUCAAGAAGCACGAGAGAAACCACGUGGACGACUUCGAGAUUCGUUGUGACGUAUGUAAUAAAGGUUUCGCCUCUAAGAACGUUCUCGAGAGGCACAUGAUCAGUCACACGGGCGAGAAGCCGUUCGUCUGUAAGGAGUGUAACUCCGCUUAUGCUGACAAGAGAAGCUUGAUGCUCCACGCGACGGUGCACAAUCCCGAGGGUAGGCCGAAAAAGUACACCUGCGAGGUGUGCGAGUACUCGAGCUUCUGGAAGAACGCGGUUAAGACGCAUAUGAAAGUACACACGGGUGCCAAGGUCAUCUGCGAUGAGUGCGGACAGGCCAUGGCAAGUAACUACUAUCCAUUUCACUCGGAUGAAAAGCCGUAUACCUGUGACACUUGCAAUAAAGGCUUUAGGCAGAUGAAAAAUCUUGUGGUGCAUCCGAGGACACAUAGCAAGCUCAAGCCGUAUAAGUGUGACACUUGCCAGAAAAGCUUCUCCCAGAACGUUUGGCUGAAAAAACACAAGUGUAAUCCUGCGUAG